UAUAUGUAUUAGACAAUUUGAGGAUUCGCUAAAGGAAACAAAUCCCAAUAUUGAUGAGGAUGAAAUAGUGGAAACUCGCGAUAAAAACUUCAGUAAAUGGUUGAAACAUCAAGUAAGUACAAAUCAAGUUGAUGAUCAAAUGAUUAAAGAGAUAAGUUAUGGUCCAUCUAAAUUUGCAACUUCUUUUAAUGGCUUAAUAGUUAAUGGAUAUAGAUUUCAUACUAAGGACUAUGGACAUAAUAAAGCCACCAUGAAUAGUGGGGUAUGCGUUCGGGGAAAUAUAUAUGGUGAGAAUGAUUUAGACUAUUAUGGAAUUGUUGAGGAUAUAUUAGAAUUAUCAUAUCUUGGACAUCAAAGAGUAAUUAUCCUACGCUGCCACUGGUUUGACCCAAAUGGUGUCACUAUUGAUGAAAGAUAUGGGUUGGUUGAUAUCAAACAUAAAUCAAAGCUUCAAUCAGAUGAGCCAUUUGUUUUAGCUGAACAAGCACAACAAGUUUACUACACAAGAUACCCACAAAGUGGGGGUAGAUCUAGUGAUGAAUGGUGGGCAGCUUGCAAAGUUAGACCGAAACUUUUUAUGGCUGAGACAUUAAAUGAUGAAUUUGGUGGAUCAAAUGAGCUAACUUAUACUGAUUAUUACCAAGAUGAUGGAUCCAUAAGAGCACACCAAAGUGUUAUACACGAUGAGACGAUACCAUUGUUUGAUGGAAUUGCUCCAAUGGAAGAAGUAGGCAACAAUGAUAUACAUCAUCCAAUGGAAAACUUGCAUCAUGAUCACUUCAUUGAUGAUAUUUAA